GUGUGGUAGAAUUACAUGGGAAGGCACCUAAAUAACACUUAUUGGGUUCGUGCCUUCCCUCCAUAUAUUUAUCCAAAGUCCGAACGCUAUGAUUUCCCUCCUUCCCCGCCCCUCGUUUUGCUCUUCCUCCUCUUGUUUCCCUCUCCGCUCCCCGCCCUCUCUUUUCCCCUCCGAUCGCCUCUAGUCCGAUCGCCCCUCCUGCCGCCGAUCUAUCUUAGAAUCCUUCAACCCCCUGAGAUCGGCUCCGCCUUGCCGCUUCCGCCGUCAAAUUCGACCAUAACUAGGGUUCCGGGCCCGGAUUUCGUCCCCGCAGCCGAUCUCUUGGCUUUCGCCGCGGGAUCGGUGAUUUCUAGCUGGAUUUUUGUUGGUUUGAUCUGGUUCGGGUUGAUGUCCAGCAUCCAGGCAGCUGGGAAGCAACCGGCUCAGCAGCCAGGGCAGAUGUUUCAGCCGUCAAAGCAGUGCUUGCCGUUUGCCUCGUCAAGACCGCCGUUCGUCUUGCUGGAUGGGCAUCAGGGGUUCUCAGCCGCCGUCGGUCGGUCGGGCGGCGGAGACGACAUGGCCGAUGCGCUGGUUAUUAAGACUCCUUUAAAGAGAAAGUCUGUACAAGAAGAUAAUGAAGCUAAAGUACUGCACGAGCGGGCAACUAGCACUGGAUAUGCUGUGGGAUUCACAAGUCCUCUACUCACACCGGUGUCAGAAAAAGUAAGAAAGACAUAUAGUAAGUCCAAGAUUUCUAAGCACAGUAAGUCCAGCACUCAAACCCUUCUGUCAUAUGCUGGUUCACCUCCUGGCAACAAUCUUACUCCAGUUGGAAAUAGUCGUUAUGAUAGUUCCCUAGGGCUUUUGACCAAGAAGUUUAUCAAUUUGCUUAGACAUGCACAAGAUGGCAUCCUUGAUCUGAAUAAAGCCACAGAAAUUUUGAAGGUAAUGCCAUUAACUGCUAAGUACUUCUUCAGUUAUCCAAAUUUAACAAAUAUAUCUGUACAGGUGCAAAAGAGGCGGAUAUAUGACAUCACUAAUGUUCUUGAAGGCAUUGGACUCGUAGAGAAAACACUUAAAAACAGAAUCUCUUGGAAGGGACUAGAUGACAUGGGUCCAGUUGAGGUUGAUGAUGAUGCUUCAAUUUUACAGGAAGAAAUUGACAAACUUACGUUGGAGGAGUGCAGAUUAGAUGAGCUUAUCAGCCAAAUGCAAGAAAGACUGAGGGACCUCAGUGAAGAUGAAAGCAAUCAUAAGUGGCUUUACGUGACUAAAGAUGAUAUCUCGCACCUUCCCUGCUUUCAGAACAAAACACUAAUAGCAAUUAAAGCACCUCAUGGUACUACCCUUGAAGUUCCAGAUCCUGAUGAGGCUGAGGAAUAUCCUCGGAGGAGAUACCGAAUUGUCCUAAGAAGCACUAUGGGUGCUAUAGAUGUAUACCUUGUGAGUCAAUUUGAAGACAAGUAUGAGGGGAUGAGUGGUGUUGAGAUGCCCCCGAAGGUCCUUCCCAUAUCAAAUUCAGGAUCUGUCGAGAACUACAUGGUGCCAUUUGUCACAGAAGAGAGCAGAGGGAAUGGAAUGGAGGUUGAUAUUCAACACAGCGAGAGGAUCUGGUCUGAUGUAAAUUCUUCACGGGAUUUUGAUGGUGGUAUGAUGAAGAUUGUUCCUUCAGACAUUGAUACUGAAGCUGAUUAUUGGCUUCUAUCAGAUGCUGGUGCUAGCAUUACAGAUAUGUGGAAGACUGCAUCAGAGGUUAAAUGGGAUGACAUCAGCACAGGUGGUGCCAACACACCUCAACCACGAGCUCCGUCUGGUGUUGUUGAGGUCUCUUCAGAUGCAAAUUCUUCCCUUAGAUGAAUGCAGGAUAGGUGGACUAUGUAACUCAGAAGCCUGAGGACUGGUUUUUGUGUUGGAAGCAGUCUGCUUCCCCAUUCUAAAUGCAAAGGUUGAUGAAGAUACUGUGGAAUGCUUAUUAUUUGGGGCAGUCAAGUGGAUUUGGUGAACGUUAUGGUAUAUACAUGUCUAAGUCUCUGCAAGAGGAAUCUGCCAAUCUGUCCUUUGGCAAAAACUGGCCUGUGGGUCAUCCCAUGAUAUUUUGGCAUAGAGAUUAGACCUGCAAUCACAUUGUAAUCUUUCGUUUCCUUGAGGCUUUCCUCCUGUUCUAUAUAUGAAGGUCUUGUACUGCUCGAGUUGCCAUUUUGAGUUGUGGUCAUACCAGAUGUUAAUCUAUGGAUCAUAUGGACAAAGCUAGGUA